CUCAUGUUCCCUCGGUGCAGCUCACGACGGACUGAGUGACUGUCGUCAGAAACAAACUAGUGAAACUGAGCUUAAUUAUUCGGUUAUAGCAAACCUUUUGUUUCGGGAUGGAGAUAUUCGGCAGCACCUUUGAUGACUCUGUGUUUUCAGAGCCCAGGGAGCGGGUGUGUGAGUCUCUGUCGUCUUAUAACGCCAAACUGUGUGAACCAGAGUGGUUUUGUGAGAGCACCGCUCUAAAUACGGACGACUCUUUGGAGAAGCAGAAAGUGUUCAAGUUCAGAGGUGACCUGGCUUUGAGACAAGGGAAUUAUCAGAGAGCCCUGGAUGCAUACAGCAGCUGCCUGCAGUGGAUCGCAGACAACAACUUGACCAUCAGGCGAGAUGUCCUGGAGGGAAUGGCUCGAUGCUACACCAGGCUGGGACAAAGGGAACAGGCGCUGGAGUUAGCUGAAUUAUUGAACAAAGACGCCGCCAACACCUGCCACCUCACCAGUCUCCUGCUGCUUAAAGUCAGUAUCUACCAGCACUUUGGCUCUGUGGGUACACAGAUGUCCUGUCUGCAGCAGCUGUGCAGCCUGCUGCCCUUUAACCCCUGGCACUGGUUUAGCCUGGGACAGACAUAUUUAAAGCUGCUGGACAAUGACUCAAACACAGGUACAGUUCACUUCUUUGCAUCAGAGGCUGUGAAUGGAGAGGCAGAGGAGAACCAGGAGGGGGCAGCAGAGCUCACUGAGGACAGAGUCUGGCUAAGAGCUUGCAUCUGUUUUAUUAGGACAAGACUCCUGUUGAGAAUCCUCCGGCAGCAGCAGUCUUCCUUUGUGUUGCAGCGAGGUGAAAAGGCUCUACAGAUUACAGAGGAAGUGCUACAACAACUAAAUCCUAAAGAAACAACAAUCCAGGCUCUCAUUGAGGUGAUGUCAGAGGACCUGAUCCCAGAGAAGAUGAGGGAGGACUACCAGGAUGGGGAGAGCCUGUCCUCUGUGUGUUUGCAGAGCUUCAGGGAGCGUUGGUGGAACAGAGUUUUACUGACAGGAGUGUUACAGACUGAUGGGCCACCAGUUAAAUCUUAAUACUCCUGUAAUAAAUGUUUGCAUCGAUGCUGGCAAACAGGAGAAGAUUUGAGACCACGCUGAAGAUGUUUCAAACAAAUAUUUAUUCUAGAUACUUAAAAAAGGAUCAAUAACACUGUUGCAGUAUAUGUAGUGUUAUUUGACGGCCAAAAUACAAGUAAUGUAAAUGAAGUAGUUCAUGGUACCUCUGAGUAUUACAUGUACAACACAAUGUGCACUGUAAGUGAUCAGUCUUGUUUAUAUUUUAUUAUCUAUGUCUUGGUUGCUUUAUUGACUCUAUGAAUUGUCAUAUCCCCAAACUAAUAAAUGUGUUUUUAUAAUAUA